AUGAGAGCGAAGUGGAGAAAGAAGCGUGUUCGCCGGCUGAAGAAGAAGAGAAGAAAGACUCGUGCCAGAUCGAAGCUCAUCAUCCACCGCAAUGACAACAACCAGUCACGCGACCAACACACAAACUCGGCACUGAAGGAAGGAUCGGCUCCUGACGGUGGCUUGCGAUGGCGCACAAACACAUCUGAGUGCGGAGGACAGAGCAAGGAUGGCAUCAACGAACCAGGUGUCACCGGCAGCGUUUAUCAUCAAGAGAUUCAGAAGCUCUAA